AUGCUUGUUUUGGGGGCGGAGCGGUUACGACUAGACAUGAACCGCUUGCUUGCGUUACUUUUCCACCAAGGGGUGCUCGAUGAGCAGUUCUUGCAGCUUCAGCAACUGCAAGACGAGUCCUCUCCGAACUUCGUAUACGAGGUUGUUAACAUUUAUUUCCACGAGUCCGAGAAGCUGUUGAGGAAUCUUCGAGGAUUGUUGCUGGAUAAGGAGUUCUCGGAUUACAAGAAGAUGGGAAUACAUUUAAAUCAAUUUAUAGGAAGCAGCUCAAGCAUUGGUGCCAAAAGGGUCAGAGCUGUAUGCGUCGCCUUUCGCGCUGCUUCUGAGCAGAAUAACAGAGCUGGGUGUUUGAGAGCGUUGGAGUUGCUAGAACAUGAGUACUGUUAUCUCAAGAACAAACUCCGCGAACUCUUCCAGAUGGAACAACAGCGAGUAUUAGCAGCUGGAGUCAGGUAUCCAAUGCAGAAUUGAAAACAGGCAAUUUUAGCAUCGGAAAAUGAAGCCAGAAGAAAAGGGGUUGACAGGCGAAUCACACAAAUACUAUUCACCUGCAUUUAAUGUUAGGGGUGCUGUUUUUCGAAAAUGGUCUUGUUUGUAGUGUGGAU